AUGAAACCCACGCUCUUUACCUUCUUCCAUGGGGUCCACGGGUUCGGUGUCAAUCCCAUAACAAAUGACUUCAAGGUCGUAAACAUUGUAGUGGAUUCAAAGAUUUGGGAUAGAAGUGAUAGAAAGCUCAUUGGUCAGGUAUAUAGCCUACGUUCUGAAUCAUGGAAAGUGGUUAAUGCUAGUGUCCUUGCUUAUUUCAUAUAUAAAUCCAUGUUUAAUGCUUAUCUGAAUAGGGUUUAUCAUUGGUUAGCCAUAUCUUUUCUACGUGAUCAUGUCGAAUUUGUGCUAUGUUUUGACAUGAGUGAUGAUGUGUUUUGGAAAAUGAACCUACCCCAAUUUCCGUCUCAGGAGGAGAAUAACGAAUUGUGCGUAUCCAAUCAUAAUGUUGUUGUUUUGAAUGAUCGUAUUGGUUAUGUUAGGGAGUACACCAUGCCUUUUGAAAUUCAGUUUGAUAUUUGGGUGAUGAAUGACUAUGGGGUGGAAGGUUCCUGGGUGAGAAUGUUUAACAUUGCGCGUGGAACCGGUCUGGGAAAGAUUUUGGAGAUUUGGAAAGAUGAUAAUAUUGAUGAAAUUGUUGUGCUGGGAGGGGAAGAACAUCAUCCAUUGGUUUUGUACAAGAUUGGUCAACAACAGGUGGUGAAAGAGUUUAAUGUUCGCUUAUGA